AUGAGACUCUGGGAUACUCAGGCCAAGGACCUGGACAGGUACCUUGAGGUGUAUCUCUUGCCUGAUACUACUUUCCAGACAGAGGUACAAAGUGCAGUCAACACCAUCUCUUCCGUCCUAAAGAACAGGUAUUUCUGAGAUACAGGGAGGCCAGUUUGGUUGACUAAGGCUGUGAAGGGAGGUUCAUCUGGUAAAGGCACAGCCCUGAGAGGCCGCUCUGAUGCAGACCUGGCAGUAUUUCUCAGUGAUCUCAAAAGCUAUCAGGAACAGAUAGACCGACGAGGAGAGUUCAUUGAGGAAAUCAAAAAACAGUUGGAACAAUGUGAGCAUGACCAAGGUGGAAUGUUUCAAGUAAAAUUUGAGGUUAACAAAGGGACUAACCCUCAAGUGCUCAGCUUCAGGAUGACGUCGAAAAAGAUCAGUCAGUGGGUGGACUUCAAUGUGCUUCCAGCCUUAGAUGUUCUGGGCCAACUGACCAGAGACUUAAGAAAACCUGACCCACAAGUCUAUAUUGAUCUCAUAAGCAAAUCCCAGAAAGCAGGAGAAUUUUCCACCUGCUUCACAGAAUUACAGAAGCGCUUCCUCAGCCAUUGUUGCACCAAGCUCAAAAAUCUGAUCCAAUUGGUGAAACAUUGGUACAAAAUGGAGGUGGAAGUCGAUGGCAUUGGGACAGACUGGCACAAGAAGCUCACCUAUGGUCAUCUACCCCAUGUUUUCAAAACUGAGAUGGGAGCUGGUGUAGCCAUGGAACAUGCUGAUUGUGCAAAGGCAGGAGUCCAAUGGUGCGUGCAUACACCCAUGCACAUGCCCCAGCCUCCCAGGAGUGGAUACCAGGAGGAAAACAGCACCGACUCUGACAAAUUGCCAGUCUUGUUUUAG